CGUAUAUAGCUCUCUCCAUCCUUUUGCAGGCUGAUCCGCUCGUGCGGAUGUAAAGCUGUCACGCCAGAGGGAGGGACCCACAUCUGGGAGUGUGUGUGUGUGUGUCCCUGUGUUGUUGUUGUUGUUGUGGUUGUGGUCCCUUUGUCCUGCGGAGGGAGGACCGGCCCGGAAGCAGCUCCAUCGCAGAGCCAGGUUCAAUGGACUAUCUGUCCUUCAAUGGAACUGUAAUGGACAUCUUUUGCAUUUAUUAAAUCCCAUCUCUCUUUCUUGGCUUCUUACUCUGGAGAUUUCUUGGCUUCUUACUCUGCCCUAAUAAUGACUGACUCAUCAGAAGGAUGUAACUGACAAGAGGCUCAAGUGGUUUGCAAAGGAAUUUUUCCUGCCGGAUCAAUUUGAAUCCCCUUAGAGAAGUAUGCUUAGUGGCUAAUACAGUUAGAGGAGAUUUGCCUUUCAGCAGGGCUGUAGGAGAAGAGGCCACUUGGAAUUUGAAAAUGAGUACACCACUGGUUCCCAACAACUCAUGUUACAAUUUGUUGCAGGGCAACAGAAAUGAGAUUAAAAAUAACAAUGAACGCAUAGUGACAGUGGGGGACACAAACGCCAACGAAAUCACUUCUGAAGUCAGAACCUCUAGAGGAGAGAUAAGGACAAAUGAUUUGUUGGGAGAAACAAAAUGUUUGAACACUGGAGAGUCAGAAAAUGUCACACAAUUAGAUUUGGAAAAGAACAGGCUUCAGAGUACAACUGGCCAUUCAGAGUUUAGGCCGUCUUCUACCGCUGGCAGGGAAUUGCAUAAGACUUAUAGGACUGAUGGCGUUAAGGACACUUCAAAGCUAGUCCCUAUUAGCCGAGGACACAGUUUGUCCAACCUGAGGAUUAAUACAAAUGAUACUUUUUCAGUAGUUCUUUCUAAAAGUGAUGCUGAUCUCAUCCAACAUGUUUCAAAGGAUAAAACACCUAGAAGGAUUGAACCAGAAGGAAUAAAACGGCUUUCUUUGGGGAGAUCAAGAAAACUCCUGGCAAAAACUGAAGUUUUAGGAAAAGAAUUUGUUGGCCGUGUGUCAGGAAAACGCUUGCUUUCUGCAUCCUUGGACUCUAUCGACACCUCAUAUCAUUUGGCUGGGGAGACUGAGAAAUCUCGGAAAACAUCAGCAGACCAUUUUUUAGGCAUGGUGUUUCGUCCAACUGAUAGCGUCUCAGAGGGAAACAUCAUGCAUUAUUCUAAACCUUCAUCUACCUCAGGAAUGAACACAUCAAAUGUCCGAGCAACACAACCAAGUGGGGACGAUGUACCAAACUUCAACAAGCAGAGCUCUCUGCAUCCUGCUCAUGUUGAUAAAUUAACUGUUAAAUCCAAUGAAAUUUGGAAAUCAGAAGCACAAUUAGAUUAUCAGGGUGAUAAGAAAGGGAAAACAGACUUGAGGAGUCCACAGUCUAAGAGCAUAUGUCAGCAAAAAAUUGACAGGAUUAUGCUGGCUGAAUUUCUUGGAUGUCAGACAGACGGAAAUAAUGUGCUAGGACAGAAUAAAAAGGAUUAUGGAUCUGAAGAACACAAAGCAAAACCAUUUCAGUUGCAAGAGCUUGGUGGCAAAGGAGAUGAUUCAUACUUGAACAAAGGGCUUUACCAUGCCAGUGACAGACUGGUACGAAGCAAUAACUCCCCAGGUUUAAGACGGGGAAGCAGUCAUAGUGACAGCAUGGCAAUGAACCAAGGGAGUGAAGAAUGCAUAGUGGGAAAAGAGGAUUCCGUAUUGGCUCAUGCUGAUGAUGACAAACUCAGUGACACACUAACACCUACAAGAAAUAAAAGUCUACAUGAUGCUGAUGCAAGUUGUAAUCGAACAGUUGGUGGGCAUCCAUCUUUGACACAUAACAUUGAUGUACCAGACAGACAUCUGAGCAAUAAUGAAAGUAAGCAGAUGCUCAUCAAAGCAAACAGUGAAAAUGCUUCAGCACUCACCUCUGAGCUGGAACACCCCAAAGCAUUUAGUAAAGAAGAGGUAUUAGACAGCCAUUCUCAUAACCAUAACACUGAGGCAGAGACCACAGUGGAGAGCAAAAAGACAGCGACAACUGCAAAGAGACAUCUUGUAAAUGACACGUCAGAAGGUUACAAAAUAUCAGAAACAACUGGUACCUUUCUAUGUGCCCCAAUUCCUAUACGCCCUGUGGCAAAUGUGAAUGUUAACAACCACAUCACAGUCUCAAAUAGCAGUCUGAAGGAUCUCUAUGCGCUUCAUGUUGACAAGCUGCCAUCCACCGCAGUCCUACCUUCCCUUGAUGAUGCAGAGUUGUUAAGCCUAUCCUCUAAAGUGCCUAACAAGACUGCCUGUAACAGUGGUAUCCCUAAGCCUAUCCUUAUACAUUCCAAGGAUUCCCAGCCAGCCAAGGAGGAUGGAGAGUGCUAUUGCACUGAGAAGCCUGAGAACCAGAUGGAGGCAAAACCAGAGAUUCCUAAACCCAAACACGUGAGACCGAAAAUCAUCACUUACAUUAGAAGGAAUCCCCAGGCAAUAAGCCAGCUUGACCAUACAUUUGUUCCAGCUGGCUUACCAUAUUCUCCACCUGCUUGCACUAUGCCAAUAGCAACAACAGAGCAAAAGUGUUCCAAUGAUGGAGACAAUAAACCUGGCAACAUUCUAUAUGACAAGUUUAAACCAGAUUUACAGAAGCCUCGAAUUUACAGUUCAGGACUUGUGGUGUCUGGGAUUAAAUCUUCAAGCCAUCAUUUUGGCCAGAUGAAUGACAAGUUUCUCCAGGAGGUUGACGAAAGGCCCAUGAAAGAAGAAUUUUGCCCUCCACCAUAUACUCACUAUGAGAUGCCUCCUAGCUUCUAUCGUUCGGCAAUGAUACUAAAGCCUCAGUUAGGACUUGGUGCUGUUUCCAGGUUACCAUCUGCAAAAAGCAGGAUUUUAAUUGCAAGUCAAAGGUCUUCAACUGGCUGCAUCCAUCCACAGGGACCAAUGACUAGCACACCGACAAUUUUCCACCCUGAUCCUACAGUUGAUCUUAAGAAGGGGACCAGUCCAAAUGCUUCAAAAUCGAAUCUUCCCAAACCAUGCCCAUCAGGACUCCGCCCUCCUGGUUAUUCACGCUUGCCGGCCGCUAAACUGGCAGCCUUUGGUUUUGUCAGGAGUUCAAGCAUCUCCUCAGUCUCAAGCAACCAAUCGAAUGACAGCGUCCAGAGUGAUCCAAGCAGAACAGCCAAUCGUUCAAACUUUGGAAAUGAAGAGCAAAUCACUCCUAAGGCAGUGGAGACUUCUAAGGAAGUACCCAAGGGGGCCAGUAGGACUCCACCGCAGGCAUCAAAUAACAUACCAGCUGCCCGUAGGAGUUUACUUCCAGCACCGAAGACUGCCACUGCACCUGCUGGCUCAAAGAAAGAAGUGCAGAAAGAUCAAGAGGCUAACAGAACUCCUGUUUCAUCUCCAAAGAGACUGGUUGUAUCAGCUAGCAAGCUCCAUUCGCCAGGACACCCUAAACAAAGGUCAUCUGUUCCAAGAAAUGGAUUUUCUGCAAAGCCAGACUUGCAGACUCGAGACGCUGAGCGGCAGUUCAUCCAGCAAAUGAAAGAAAAGUGUAAUGAGCAGGCCAGGAAACUCAGCUGCAUCCAAGAGGAACUUAAGAGAACCAGCUGCGGCUUUGAUGUCUUUGUUAUAACAACACAGCAUUUCUUUCAGAAGAAUGAAAGCGCCCUUGUGAAAGAAAAGGAGCUCUCAGCAGAGCUUGCAAACAUCAAAGAUGAAGUUGCCCUCAAUGCAGCAAAAUAUGAGAAAUUACAAAAAGAGAAAGAGGAGCUGGAAAAGAAGUUUGAGAAUAAGCUGAGGAAGCUCGGCUGGGAACAACAAGGAGAACUGCAAGCACUUGAAGAACGGCUGCAGUUGCAAUAUAGUGCCGAAAUAGAGCGCUUGCAAGAAGAUCACCGGAUGCAGCUUACCAAGAUCAGGACUCAGCAUCAAGAACAGGUGGAUAAUAUUGCAGCAACUCAGGAAGUAGCAGUGCUAGAGAUGGAAAAUAGCCAUACAGUUGCUAUUGCCGUACUCCAGGAUGAAUAUGAACGGAAAGUUCAAGAAUUGAAUUCUGCUCAUGAGCUGGAAAAAAAAGAACUUGAAGAAAAUUUUGAGAAGUUGCGUCUGUCACUGCAGGACCAGGUAGACACCCUCACUUUUCAGAGCCAAUCUCUAAAGGAUAAGGCAAAACGAUUUGAAGAGGCGUUAAAGAAAAACACUGAAGAACAACUAGAGGUAACCAAGAUAUGUGUACUGCAUAUGUAAUUUAAUAUAACAUGUUAAAACAAAAUCUUUUCUCCCCUUCGGCUUCUGGCUGGUUUUCAUUUUGUUAGGCAAGAUCAUAAACAUUCAUAAUUUGGGGUAAUUCUGUUGUGAUGACUUUGGAUGAAGUCCUACAUCAUCCUUACAUAGUAUAAAUCAACACUCAUGUAGUUAUGCAAUGGUUGCAAUACACCACCCUUCUGCUGAAUACUGGCAUUUUGCAAUCAAUUGUCCGUCUGUCCGUGUGUCUUCUAAUUGUUUCAUUGUGCAAUGGAGAAUGUACACUGUUUUUUCAAUCCCAGUG